GCAGAACAAAAGCUCCUUGAUAACUGAACUCGCACCGCAUCGCACUUCUUCCUGCUCAACUCUGCUGGCCAACAUUCACCUGGACGUCCUCCAGCAGUUCCUUGCAAUGUCUUUAGCGAGGCCGACCCGCAGCGCGCAGUCGUUGCUCCGCGCAGCCCAGAGAGCGAGCAGACGCCAGGUUACAUCUCCAUUCCUAGCAAGAUCCUACGCCACGGUCGAAUCCGAUAUCUUUAAGCCUACGAAAUAUGGUGGAAAAUACACAGUGACCUUGAUUCCAGGUGACGGUAUCGGUGCCGAGGUGGCCGAAGCAGUAAAGACCGUUUUCAAAGCCGACAACGUACCUAUCGAGUGGGAACAAGUCGAUGUGUCUGGUGUCGAUACCGGAGACAAGCACUCAGAGGAGCUUUUCCAAGAAUCAAUAGCGUCCCUCAAGAGGAACAAGCUCGGGCUGAAGGGCAUUCUGCACACACCAAUCGAGAGAUCAGGUCACCAGUCUUUCAACGUGGCUCUGCGACAAGAGCUCGAUAUCUACGCUUCCGUAGUCCUGGUCAAGAACAUUCCUGGACUGAAGACGCGGCACGACAAUGUGGAUCUUUGCAUUGUGCGUGAGAAUACCGAAGGUGAAUACUCUGGUCUGGAGCAUCAAUCUGUGUCGGGUGUGGUCGAAUCACUCAAAAUCAUUACCCGAGCCAAGUCGGAACGCAUUGCCAAAUUCGCCUUCUCUUUUGCCCUUGCAAACAACAGAAAGAAGGUGACCUGCAUUCAUAAGGCCAACAUCAUGAAGCUUGCGGACGGCCUUUUCAGAAACACUGUCAAGAGAGUCGGAGAGGACUAUCCCACAUUGGAAGUUAACGACAUGAUCGUCGACAACGCUUCUAUGCAGGCUGUAUCUCGACCUCAACAAUUCGACGUCAUGGUGAUGCCUAACCUUUACGGUGGUAUUCUCACCAACAUUGCCGCUGCCCUGGUCGGUGGACCCGGUGUUGUUCCCGGUUGCAACAUGGGCCGUGAUGUCGCCGUUUUCGAGCCCGGAUGCCGGCACGUCGGUCUUGAUAUCCAGGGCAAAGAUCAAGCCAACCCUACCGCACUUUUGCUGUCGGGAACUAUGUUGCUGAGACACCUUGGUCUUGAUGACCAUGCUAACCGCAUCUCAAGAGCGGUUUACGAUGUUAUCGCUGAUGGAAAGGUACGAACUCGCGAUAUGGGAGGCGACAGCACUACUCACGAGUUUGUCCGAACGAUUCUGGACAAGAUGGAGGCGGAAUUGUAAAGACAUGCAUUGUAGUAUCCGGAGGACGACGCGGUCACGGAGCCGUUCUGUACCUAGGUAUUUGGGGAAUUGAUUACAGCCAGCAGAUUGUAUGAGUUACUUUGCAUCCAUGCUAGAAAUGAUACUUGUAGACGAAUCUAUUGCACAGCACAGGUUCGCCCUACGUGAAAGAAAAUUGCUUAAUAACUUAUGUGGUUUGGGGGGAGCUCGGCACGGAAUGACGGCUCCC